CAUUAAAGCUUUACUUUAAGAAGUGGUUUGGAACGCACAUUGUUUCAGAAUCAAUGGUUCAGUUGGAUAGUUAUCCGCUUUAGUCUAUUAACCUUUCAAGGUACACAUAUUCAUAAUUCUACUACAAUAUUCAGAUGAGAAGCAAAAGAGCGAAGUAACUAUAUGUUACGAACGAGUAACACAUUUUGCAAUGCCACCCUGAGAGGAUAUCAGAUAAAGAACUGUCGAUAGCUCGACGCUAAGUAUCACAGCAAAGAAGCAGGGAUCUCUAUGCUUAUGGUACAGGCACUGGGAGUUUCUAGCAUUCUGGCAUAACUCUUCGGGUCCUACAGGAAAUCAGCCUUCGGACCAGGGACAUGGCGGGAUAGCAGUCAUUUGGCACUCCAGGCUCUUAUACCCAUCCAUGGUCUCUCUGGUCCACACCUAGUUUGACCAUAUUCUCCAACAAAGUGGCAUCUCGAACCUCACGAGGAUGAACCACGGAUUUGAAAGACAAGGAAAGUUUGAAUUCUCGGCCAGGCCAACAAUUAGUGUAUCAGUGGAAUUAACUCGCUGAUACACUGAGUACUUUGUAGCAUCCUCGUUCGAAUGAUGAAUGAAACUUACAAAACCAAAACAACUCCUGAACUGACUCUACAUCUCUAUUUCACAAGCAUGAAAUCUCUCGUUGCGUUCCUCGAAACUACUUACUUCCGACCACAUGUCAGUAAAGAUCUAAUCGAUGCCAGAGAUUGAGAUGGCUAUGCUGCAAGGACAGUACCGGCGGCUACCGCAGUCGCCAUGUUGCUGACUUGGGGUUUACGCAAGAGAUAUGGCGUUCCUUGUAGAGGACGCAACCUUCGUCGGAGUGGAGGAGAUGAUCACAUCGGGAAAGUGGCCGAUGGACAAAUGAGCAGCACUGCGCUCGAUCUCCAACAAAUGCCUGUGAACCUGCUGUUCACGAAUCUUGAGCAGUACGCGUCAACUAAUUUGAAGGUGGAGACUGCUGGUCAGUCAUCCGAUUCGUCCGAACUUGGUACAGAUGCGGACCUCUGCAACCAGCCGAAAGACUGCUCUCAGAGUCUCGAUGUAAUAUUCUGAAUCGGUUGACUGCUUUGUCUCUGACUCUGAUCACCAUGACUACUGUUUAUUCCGUCGAUCGAGACUGCCUUCAUGCACUGUCAAGCUCUACGUGCCUAUAAGGCUUCGUUGGUGCUUACCUGCUUUGCAUACAGUACAG